GUGUUCGAUAUAGUCUUGCCAAAUCAUUUACCGUUGACAGUUUGGAAAUACCAUGUGUGAGUGUGUUGGUUACGACGAAAUAUGGAAAUGACAGUGAAUCAUGUUUUGUUUUUUUCUUCUUUCGCCACCAUUCUUCGUCUCGCUCUGACGCAAAGCCAAUCCGCUUACUGCGUUUCGUUUGCAUCGCAGUUCAUUUCAUUCAUUGUGUAUACAAAUUUGUACAUCAAUCAGCGAACUUCAUGUAUGAAACAGUGCGGAGAAAUUUCUCAUUGUUCACAGUUGAGUCAGUGUGUUUGUGAUAAUUUAGUCAUUUAAUUGCAUUUCAUCUCCGUUAUUCGGUUGUUUUUUUUUUUGCGUUUCAUUCACCAUAUAAAAUUGUAUUUAGUGUGUUGUUUGCAUUUUUUAUCAUUUUGAGACCACUCCCCUUGUGUUGGUGGUGUGAUAAAAGAAAGAAAAUACAAAGUAAGAAGAAGUUCAAAGCGAGUACAUUCGCGGUGUUGAUUAGUACUUUCUAUCCAGUUGAAUAAACUUGUUGGAUUUUUAGAAUUCGUGCGAGUGUGAUUGAAAGACAUCGAAAUGGAAAUGUGGAAGGCAACGGCUGGUCACAAUGUGCCACAACAAAAUAAUGCCGACGACGACGACUGGGAAACAGAUCCCGAUUUUGUGAACGAUGUGACAGAAGAAGAACAACGCUGGGGAUCGAAAACGAUAGCAGGCAGCGGACGCACAGCCGGAGCCAUUGAUAUGACCCAAUUGCGUGCAGAAACAGAGAAAGCUGACGCCGAACUGAAGAAAAAAGAGAUUGAAAUUAAGAAUCCAGGCCAUGGAUACGGUGGAAAAUUCGGUGUUGAAAAGGAUCGCAUGGAUAAAUCAGCCGUCGGUCAUGAUUAUGUAGGCAAAGUGGAGAAACAUAGCUCACAAAUAGACUAUGCUACCGGGUUUGGAGGCAAGUUUGGAGUACAAAGCGACCGUAUUGACAAAUCAGCCGUCGGUUGGGAUCACAUCGAAAAAGUUGAAAAGCAUGAAUCACAAAAGGAUUACAGCAAAGGCUUUGGUGGAAAAUUCGGCGUACAAGAGGAUAGAAAAGAUAAAUCGGCCGCUGGCUGGGAUUACGUUGAAAAGACAGAAAAGCACGGAAGCCAAGUUGAUCACAAAAUCGGUUUCGGUGGAAAGUUUGGCGUGCAAAACGAUCGUAUGGAUAAAUCGGCUUUGACCUUCCAGGAAAAUCCAGACAAAGCAGGAACAAAUUACAUGAAAACAAAACCUGAUAUUGGUGUAGCCAAACCGUCGAAUUUGCGUGCAAAAUUCGAGAAUUUUGCCAAAGAAAAAGAGGAAGAAGAUUCAAAGCGAACGGCCGAACAAAAGCGAUUGCGUGAAGAGAAAGAUCGUUUAGAUCGUGAGCUAGCACAAAGAAAUUCGCAAAAUGGCAAUGUCAAUAACGAGGCUGACAGAAGAAGUCAACCAAAAACUCCAAUUGAUACUGGCCGUUCUGGUAGUAUUGGUAAUGCAAUCAGUUUGUUUAAUAAAGCUGAAGAUAAGCCGAUCGCACCAGCUCAACGCAAAGAACCGAUUAAGAUUCCACGAGAACCAGUGCAAGAGCCGAAAUUUCCAAGGCAAGAGCCGAAACUUGAACCAGAACCGAUCCCCGAACCCGUUCAAGUGCAAUAUACAGAAGAAGAGCCACAGACACAAGCAACAAAUCUGGUUAGUCAACAGCCAGAUGUGAUUCCACAACGAGAAUCGGUUCAAUCCGUUGAAUCCGUUGAAUCCGAUCACUUCGAAGCAGUAGCUCCUCCAGAGGCAUUUGGCAAUCAGAAUGGUUCGGCUAUUGAGAACGUUCCCGAAAUUGUGCAAGACGUACCAACGAAUCAAGCCAUUGCCAACGAACAAAUUUACUCGAACAUUGAUUACAUACAGCAACAAGCUCCAGAGCCAAGCCAAGCUCAAUCCGAAGGGGAACAAGCAGGUUCCGCUGCAUUGGCAGGAAAUGAAAAUUGUGACUUGGCCGAAUAUAUCGAAGACACGAAAAUUCAAGCCAUCGCACUGUACGAUUAUCAAGCAUCAGCCGAAGAUGAAAUUUCAUUCGAUCCAAAUGAUGUUAUCACCCAUAUCGAAAAGAUUGACGAAGGCUGGUGGCGUGGAUUGUGUAAGAAUCGAUAUGGCUUGUUUCCAGCAAAUUACGUGCAAAUUUGCGAGUAACGUCGGAUUUUUCCACAAGGCAAUAGGAAUUUUAUACAUGAGUAUUUAAACGUUCAACAAGUGAAACUAAAUCUUAGUUUGUAAACUCAUCAUUUUAUUGACAUGAUGCGGAAAUGUCAGACAUUCCGCAUAUAGAAAAUGGAUAAAUAAUAGAUUUUCUAUUCGAUUUGAUAAAUAAUAACAUAUUUUUGUUUCGUUCUUUAUUUUUCGCUUGCUCAUCAUUUUUGGUUAUGUUUAAUUUACAUAUGGAGAAACUUUUAUCAAAUGUAUUAUGACGAACUAAACAGAAUUGAAAUAAACAAGAUUGAUUUAUAUCCGUGAAACCUCGGAA